AUGAAGUUGUUAAUUUUGCUAUUUUGUUGCAUUUUCGCAAUUAGCAACUGCUGGCAACUCGAAGAGGCGGAGAAAUUAGAUUUUUUUAAAAAACAAAAAUUUUUACUCGAAAUUGUGUGGCACGUACAAGACGCGCUGCCACAGAAUGGAACGUCCAUAUGCCACGGAGCUACUUUUGUAAGGGACGCAAAGAAAUAUAAAAAUUUCGAUGAUGAUAUGCAACGAUUCCUGAGGGAUAUGGAAAACCAUCGUUUACUACCUCGAAUGGAUUUCUUCGGUGCGCUCGUACAAAAGCAUCACAAACAAGCAAUCGGACUAUAUAAAUUCUUUUACUAUGCCACAGCGUGGACCACUUUUGAAAAGAAUGUUUGUUGGGCACGCAAAAAUAUCAAUCCUGGCAUGUUCGUCUAUGCGCUAAGUUUAGCAGUGAAGCAACGACAAGAUUGCCAUCAUUUCUCAUUACCACCGAUGUAUGAAAUAUUUCCACAACAUUUUCUCAAUAGUCAAGUAAUACAUAGAGCACUAACUUUCCGUAAGGAACAAUGGGAAAAUGUAGAUGAGGACUUGGAUGCACGGAGAUGGAUAGAAGAAAGUGUUCAGUUUUUAAGUAAUUGGAAACCAUGGCAAUGGUGGCGAGUAAUGGGCAUGAGCGAUGAGCGUUUCUAUAUGGAGUUAAAUUCUGGUUAUUCUCUCGCUCAAAAUAAAGAGUUUGUGAUGACAAGGUACUGGACACCGGUAGAUUAUACACGUAAUGUGUAUAUACUGAAUUCAGAGACGCGGCUAUCUUAUCUAUUGGAAGAUGUGGAGUUCAAUAAUAUGUGGUACGACUUCAAUCUCGAGUAUCCAACAUUCCACGUUGAGGGUAGUAAAUCAAGCACUGCUCUGGGUAGUGAAUGGAUUUAUGCGAUUGGCAGAUUAAUGGCCAUCUAUAAAAUGGCGCGCCUGUCAGAGGGCUUAGAUGUGUGGGAGGAUAUAACACUGAAGUAUACAAUUGCAACAGGUUACAAUCCACAACUGGUAAGUUGGAAUGGUCAGACAUUUUGGCAACGUUACAACAACUAUGAAUACGGUGAUUAUGGUUUUCCGAAAACAAUCGAUUUGGUCUUCCAACUGACCAAUGAAAUCUAUAGACUAGCUGACACUGGCUUAUGCAUGCUCGAGAAUGGCACCAUACAUGAUUUACAUCAACCUGCGGCAGUGGUGGACUUCUCAAAUAUAUUACAUGACAAUCAUGUUGCUUUGACGCCGCAGGAUAAUGAAACCUAUUGGCACUACUCUUUCAUGUAUUUGGCGCAAAUUGAGUUUGAACAAUUCAAUAAUGUGGGUCCACAUGUGCUGGUGAAUUUCGAAACCACGCUACGUGAUCCACUCUUCUAUAGUUUAAUGCAGUAUAAAGUGCUGGAUAUGUGGCGUCGUUAUAUCAGAAAUUUACCCGCCUACGCGAAGCGUGAACUGGAAAUGCCGGGCAUUAAAGUGCAAGCUGCUGCCGUAAGUCCUUUGGUAACCUAUUUUGAUUAUAAAGAUAUUGAUUUGAGCAAUUUGUGGCAAGAAAAUCUAAAAUCAUUCGACCAACGCAAAGACGGCAUUUACGCACGUCAACAGCAUCUCACACAUAAACCGUAUAACUUCACUCUUCAGAUAUAUGCCGAUAAUCCAGUGGCAGUGAAAAUACAAAUUUUUAUAGCACCAAAAUAUAACGAACGCCAUAAAUUGUUGACGCUGCGUGAAAAUCGUGAGAAUUUCAUAUUAGUUGAUGCCGUUGACUAUACGUUGGAGACAGGCAAUAAUGCCGUCAUAUGGCAUUCUCCAGACCUUAAACGUCGCUGGUCUUACAGUGAAAUGCGGAACUACGUUGAAGGUGUUUCACAGAACCGGUUGGAUGCUUCAGACGCUUUGCCGCAGUUCAACUUGGGAGAUUCAUUUGCACAUUUCGUCAUACCCAAAGGCAAUGAGGAGGGUUUCUCCGUACAGUUUAUGUUCAUGGUGACACCGGCAGAGCAACACAAUGCGCGCGGUUAUCCUUUCGAUCGUCUUAUAGAAAAUGAAUACACUUUUGAUGUGCCGAAUGUGCAUUUCAAGGACGCUCAGAUCUAUCAUGUCGGUCAUAGUAAGAAUAUCGAAGAUUAUGUGAGGAAAUAUGAAAAGUUCGGCGAAUUCGAUUACAAAUAUUGGGAUGUGUAAAGAAAUCAUUUACUUCCUGUCUACAAAUACAGAUUGCAUGCUAAAAUAUAA